AUGUACUUUGUUAAUAAAGAAACAGUAUUAAUUGACGGCUGGCUGGUCAAUCAAGAUCUAUCUUGUUUAAUAGAGCCAUCCACUCUAGUCGACGAAGGAAUUGUGACGCGGCAGCGGUUCGAGGAAUUAAUUGAUCGUGGUUUGAAAAAUUGGGAUCUUCUGUUUAUUCCUGAAUCUGAUUUGUAUUGUGAAGAUUCUGAGGAGCUAUUUCAAUAUAUCACUACCGAAUCACACAUAUUUUAUGAAUUAUCCGACGGCUCAAUCAAGAACACAGAUUGUACUGAAAAGGAGAAUCUAGCAAACGAAGUGUUGAGAAGAUUUUCUCUAGUUUGCCAUUCAGCCACUAUGGCGGAUGGUAGAGAUGUCUACAUACAUCAGCAUACGUGUACAAGGAAUAAUGUCAAGAAAUGCUUGAAUACUGACCUGGUGUUGCAAAGCAAGUACUACACCGCAAUUGCCUUUAAUGAUAGAUCUUACUUCGAUCUUGAAGGAUUUUUGAUAGACCUAGAAUCCCACGAAGUUUGCUCCCUUUUUAGUCCUGACUUUCAAACGAGAAUAUCUGCUCCGAUAUGGCUAGGUCUGCGAAGCGUGUCAUCUGCUAGCAUGUUCGAGAGAGUGCGGACUUCAAGUUUGAACUAUUGGCUAACGGAUUGCAAGACCCUCUUUUACUUUAUGCAUCAGGAUGUAUAUGUCAAUUUUUACGAAAAAGAGCCAAACCGUUAUGUCUGCCAGAUGUGUGAGAGAGAAAAUGCUACCAAUGUAGCUCUCCCAGUACCUGUCAUGUUAGAUGGUACCAGAGUCGUUAAAUUUAUUGUACUUUCGCAGAAAAUCCAGGAUCAUGGUCCCACUUUACAGGAUCUAAAACGGCCCUGGGAAAAGGAAUCGUUUUCAAUGGAUGCCAACUUACAUCGCCAUUAUGCCUUGAUGGAACGUAAUUUUUUUGAUCCCGAUGAACAUGUGGAAGUUCCUGAUAUUAUAUAUGUCCAAGCUCGAGAAAUUUGGCAACUUCCCUUCAAGGCCAAGCAAGAUGUACUAAAGCCCAAACUCUAUCACUUUGGAGUUCAAAAACAUGUACAAGACGUUCAUAGCAUGUUGUUAAAAAGAAUGCUUCAACAAGGUCAAUGGAAAAUUGAAAACAUCAAAAAUUUAAUGAAAUAUGACUCGGAGUUAAAGAGCCUGCUUGGCCCCGUACUACCUGAAUACGAGAAACUGCACGAAGAAAGAAUCUGUGCUAUUUUGAAAACAGGACUAGGUUCUUUCGUCGAGAGAAUCUGCAAUAAAGUGAAAAACAAAGAUGGAGUUGUGCUACCGAAUAUCAAAAUAAUAGAAAGAUUCUUAGUCGAUAUCAAGGAGCGUGUAGUGGUGAGCCCGAAGAACACCAAAUACAACUUCGAGGACAAGAUCAUGUCCAAGUAUAAUCUUUUAGAUUGGAACAUAUUAAUUCUUAAACAGCAACCGAUUGAAAUUUUUUCGAGCAAAUUGUUCGACUCUGUCCAAGCGGAUAAUGUACAGGGCGUUGAUACUAAGCUGAAUGGGAGACGAUAUAUCACGCUGGCUUUUGGAAAAUUUGGAACGGUAUAUUUAUACGAAGGGAAGGACACCGACCAAACAUAUUUAAUGGAACCUCUAAGUACUGAUAAUGUCGAUUCAUCCAAGUUUCAAUUUUACGUCUCGGAACUGAACGGAUUAUUAGAUGUUUCAAAACACUUGUUGCAUUUUGACUCAUUGUUGAGGACGAUAUAUGAAUUUAGUUUUCGAAACUGCGCGGACUGA